GGAAAUGUUAGAGCAUCCAGUGUAGCAGGAUAGUCUGUGUCCGGCACAUCCACAGCGGCCACAUCUCUAACCUAAGGGCCCUUCCAUAUCCCAGCUCGUCUUUUCCUGGUCCCAGACAAGACCUAGGCGGGGCUUAGUGACUUUUAGGGAGGGGAAGAAGAGAAUAACCCAAACAAUUCAAUCACUUCGCAACACCCCUCCUCCUCUUGCCAUAAGUAUCAUCAUCAACAACAGGACCGCCCUCUACCCUGCUUGGAAAACAGGGGAUCCAGCUGUGGGCUACAGAGCUAGGGGGAAAAUCCUGUCCUGAACCUCCAUGUUUUAAUUUUGGGGUUCAUUUCAGCUUUCUUUGUACUCUACAGCCUGUUGGAGGCUCAAUUUGGUUAAAACAGAGUGGAUUCCCUGUAGAGAGUAAAAAAAAAAAAGAGUCUGAUUGUACAAAAGAAGAGUCGAGUAACUCGAAUGUUUAUUGCUGAAAAUCUAUUUGAAAAAGAAGAAAGCAUCGAUUGGUUUUAUGUUGGAGCUUCCUAUUUAAAGUUUAAAUCACACACUGAAGGGGUACAAUGAAGACUGAGAUCUCGACAGCCGCUUCUUUUGUCACCAAGCUGCUCAAAACAAGUGGAGUCAUAGAAGAGGGCCAACUGCAGCAGUUCUGCCAGUCACUGCAGGAGUCAAUGAAAGAUCAUUACAAACACCACUGGUUUCCCCAGAUCCCCUUCAAGGGUUCAGGAUAUCGCUGUUUGAGGAUCAACCACAAAAUGGACCCACUAAUUGGCCGUGCAGCAGGUCACAUUGGGCUCAGCCACAAAAGACUGUUCCAGCUUCUUCCCAGCGAACUCACACUUUGGGUUGACCCAUUUGAAGUUUCAUAUCGUAUUGGGGAAGACGGGUCAAUCUGUGUACUCUACGAAGGACCAUCUGCAAGCAAGUCACUGGAAAACCAUGCCAGUUGUAAAGAAGCACUUAGAAUUGGUCAAAAUAGUCCAUCGAAAAAUUGUAAUUUGAUGACUGUUUCUAGUUAACAAUUCUCACAAAGCCCCAAAGUUAAUAGUAAAGUUAAGUGUGUAUCCCAUUUGAGUCUCCGAUUUCAUUAUGAAUUAAGAUGACAUUAAAUGUCUCAUCGUCAACACAUAGACAUUAAAAUUGUAUUACUGCCAAAUCUCCCCAUUCUUAUUGCAAAAGGUAAGUGCAAUGCAUCCUUUUGGGGUUCAAAAGCACUUACUGUCAUUGUUGUUUAUCCUUUUUUUGCUCUUCUCUAUGGAAUUGUACAUUGUAAAUGAAAUCUCAAGUUGAAAGAGAAUUUAUAUUUUGGGAUAAUCAGUGACACUUUUUAAUAAAACCAAAGUUUACUUUU